AGGAGGAGGGCGGUUGUGUCCUGUCUUAUCUGGGGGGCGGUCUGCCUCGUUCUCCGCUCCUCCCUGGCCCGGGGAUCAAUGCUACAGGGCUCGGCGGCUGUGCAACCUCGGCGGCGGAGGAUGGGCGGCUUCGGGAGGCUCCCCCUGGGGCUCGUGCUGGUGGUGAUCUUGAGCGAGGUAGCGCCGCAGUCCUGCCCGGCUCAGUGCUCCUGUUCCGGCAGCACCGUGGACUGUCACGGGCUGGCGCUGCGGAGCGUCCCAAGGAACAUCCCCCGCAACACCGAAAGGCUGGACCUUAAUGGAAAUAAUAUCACAAGAAUCACCAAGACUGACUUUACUGGCCUAAGACACCUUCGAGUCCUUCAGCUCAUGGAGAACAAGAUUAGUACUAUUGAAAGGGGAGCAUUCCAGGAUCUAAAAGAGCUGGAGAGGCUGCGUCUAAACAGAAAUAAUCUUCAGCUGCUUUCUGAGUUGCUGUUUCUGGGGACUCCGAAACUAUACAGGCUUGAUCUCAGUGAAAAUCAAAUUCAAGCAAUUCCAAGGAAGGCUUUCCGUGGGGCCGUAGAUAUUAAAAAUCUGCAACUGGAUUACAACCAGAUCAGCUGUAUUGAAGAUGGGGCAUUUAGGGCUCUACGCGACCUGGAAGUGCUCACUCUCAACAAUAACAACAUCACUCGACUUUCAGUGGCAAGUUUCAACCACAUGCCCAAACUCAGAACCUUUCGACUUCACUCGAAUAAUCUCUACUGUGAUUGCCACCUGGCCUGGCUAUCCGAUUGGCUGCGGCAGCGACCCCGCGUUGGCCUGUACACACAGUGUAUGGGCCCAUCCCACCUGAGGGGGCACAAUGUAGCAGAGGUUCAAAAACGAGAAUUUGUCUGCAGUGGUCAUCAGUCUUUUAUGGCUCCCUCCUGCAGCGUCUUGCAUUGUCCUACUGCAUGUACCUGUAGUAACAACAUUGUUGACUGUCGUGGGAAAGGCCUUACUGAGAUCCCAACCAAUCUUCCAGAAACUAUUACUGAAAUACGGUUGGAGCAAAAUUCAGUCAAGGUCAUCCCUCCUGGAGCUUUCUCACCAUAUAAAAAACUUCGAAGAAUUGACCUGAGCAAUAAUCAGAUCUCUGAGACAGCUCCAGAUGCUUUCCAAGGCCUGCGUUCACUCAAUUCACUUGUCCUCUAUGGAAAUAAAAUUACAGAACUUCCAAAAGGCCUAUUUGAAGGACUCUUCUCUUUACAAUUGCUACUAUUAAAUGCCAACAAGAUAAAUUGCCUACGAGUAGAUGCUUUCCAAGACCUACACAACCUGAACCUUCUCUCUCUGUAUGAUAACAAGCUUCAAACCAUUGCUAAAGGCACCUUUUCACCUCUACGUGCAAUUCAGACUUUGCAUUUGGCUCAGAACCCAUUUAUUUGUGAUUGCCAUCUGAAGUGGCUGGCGGAUUAUCUUCAUGCAAACCCUAUUGAGACCAGUGGUGCCCGCUGCACCAGCCCCCGCCGUCUGGCAAACAAAAGGAUUGGUCAGAUCAAAAGCAAGAAAUUCCGCUGCUCAGCUAAAGAACAGUAUUUCAUUCCAGGCACCGAAGAUUACAGAUCAAAACUAAGUGGAGACUGCUUUGCAGAUCUGGCUUGCCCUGAAAAAUGCCGCUGUGAAGGAACCACAGUGGACUGCUCCAAUCAGAAGCUCAACAAAAUUCCUGAACAUGUCCCCCAGUACACAGCAGAGUUGAGACUAAAUAACAAUGAAUUCACAGUGUUAGAGGCGACUGGGAUCUUUAAGAAGCUUCCUCAGCUGCGUAAAAUAAAUCUGAGCAAUAACAAGAUCACAGAUAUUGAAGAAGGAGCAUUUGAAGGCGCAUCUGGUGUGAAUGAACUGUUGCUCACCAGUAACCGUUUGGAGACUAUUCGACACAAGAUGUUUAAAGGACUCGAAAGUCUCAAAACCUUGAUGCUAAGGAGCAAUCGCAUAAGCUGUAUAGGCAAUGAUAGUUUCACAGGACUGAGUUCUGUCCGUUUGCUCUCCUUAUAUGACAACCAAAUUACAACAGUUGCUCCAGGUGCCUUUGAUACUCUCCAUUCACUCUCUACAUUAAACCUGCUGGCCAAUCCUUUCAACUGUAACUGCCACCUGGCAUGGCUGGGAGAUUGGCUGAGGAAGAAACGCAUUGUAACUGGAAACCCUCGCUGUCAGAAACCCUAUUUCCUAAAAGAGAUUCCCAUCCAGGAUGUGGCAAUUCAAGAUUUUACUUGUGAUGAUGGGAAUGAUGACAACAGUUGCUCUCCAUUGUCUCGCUGUCCCGCAGAAUGUACUUGCUUAGAUACUGUGGUUCGCUGCAGCAACAAAGGUCUUAAGGUUUUGCCCAAAGGCAUCCCAAAAGAUGUAACUGAACUUUAUUUGGAUGGAAACCAGUUUACUCUUGUUCCCAAAGAACUUUCUAACUACAAACAUUUAACACUUAUAGAUUUAAGUAACAACAGAAUCAGCACUCUUUCUAACCAGAGCUUCAGCAACAUGACUCAGCUGCUCACCUUAAUUCUUAGUUACAACCGUCUGAGGUGUAUCCCUGCACGGACAUUUGAUGGGUUGAAAUCACUUAGGUUACUGUCUUUACAUGGCAAUGAUAUUUCUGUUGUUCCUGAAGGAGCUUUUAAUGAUCUUUCAGCAUUAUCACAUCUUGCUAUUGGAGCAAAUCCUCUGUACUGUGAUUGUAACAUGCAAUGGCUGUCCGACUGGGUAAAGUCAGAAUACAAAGAACCUGGUAUUGCACGUUGUGCUGGUCCUGGAGAAAUGGCAGAUAAACUACUUCUCACAACUCCAUCUAAAAAAUUUACUUGCCAAGGACCUGUGGAUGUUAAUAUACUUGCCAAGUGUAGUCCCUGCUUAUCAAAUCCAUGUAAAAAUGAUGGCACUUGUAACCAUGAUCCUGUUGACUUCUACAGAUGUACCUGCCCAUAUGGUUUCAAGGGCCAGGACUGCGAUAUUCCAAUUCAUGCCUGCAUCAGUAACCCUUGCCAGCAUGGUGGAACUUGCCAUUUAAAAGAAGGAGAAAAAGAUGGAUUCUGGUGCACUUGUGCAGAUGGAUUUGAAGGUGAAAACUGUGAAGUGAAUGUUGAUGACUGCGAAGACAAUGACUGUGAAAAUAAUUCUACCUGUGUGGAUGGAAUUAACAACUACACUUGCCUUUGCCCACCUGAAUAUACUGCUGCUAAUCUGAAUGAAGUGGAAAAAGGUGAGUUGUGUGAGGAGAAACUAGAUUUCUGUGCCCAAGACUUGAACCCUUGUCAACAUGACUCAAAGUGCAUCCUGACACUCAAAGGAUACAAAUGUGAUUGCACACCUGGAUAUGUAGGAGAACACUGUGAUAUUGACUAUGAUGACUGUCAAGACAACAAGUGUAAAAAUGGAGCACAGUGUACUGAUGCAGUGAAUGGGUAUACAUGUAUAUGCCCAGAAGGGUACAGUGGCCUUUUUUGUGAGUUUUCACCACCAAUGGUUCUCCCUCGGACCAGCCCUUGUGAUAACUAUGAGUGUCAGAAUGGAGCUCAGUGCAUCAUAAAAGUAAAUGAACCAAUAUGUCAGUGUUUGUCAGGUUACCAGGGUGACAAAUGCGAAAAGCUGGUCAGCGUAAACUUUGUGAACAAAGAAUCCUACUUGCAAAUUCCUUCAAGCAAGGUCCGCCCUCAGACCAACAUCACUCUGCAGAUUGCCACAGAUGAGGACAGUGGAAUCCUUCUGUACAAAGGUGACAGAGAUCAUAUAGCAAUGGAGCUGUACCGUGGUCGAGUGAGGGUCAGUUAUGACACAGGAUCUUAUCCAGCAUCUGCCAUUUACAGCGUUGAGACAAUAAAUGAUGGGAAUUUCCACAUAGUGGAGCUGCUAGCCAUGGAUCAGAUUCUGUCUUUGUCUGUUGAUGGAGGAAGUCCCAAGAUCAUUACCAACUUGUCUAAGCAAUCAACUCUGAAUGUUGACUCCCCACUUUAUGUAGGAGGCAUGCCUGUGAAAAACAAUGUUGCAGCACUGCGCCAGUCUCCAGGCCAGAAUGGCAGCAGCUUCCAUGGCUGCAUCCGUAAUCUGUACAUCAACAGCGAACUGCAGGACUUUAGAAAUGUGCCACUGCAAGUGGGAAUUCUUCCUGGUUGUGAGCCUUGUCACAAGAAAGUGUGUGUGCAUGGAACCUGCCAUGCUAUGAGCCAGUCAGGCUUUACCUGCGAGUGUGAAGGAGGAUGGACUGGACCACUGUGUGAUCAGCAAACCAAUGACCCUUGUCUUGGAAAUAAAUGUGUACAUGGUACCUGCUUGCCAAUCAAUGCGUUUUCAUACAGUUGUAAAUGCCUGCAGGGACAUGGGGGAGUCCUCUGUGAUGAAGAAGAAGAGUUGUUUAACCCCUGCCAGUCCAUCAGGUGUAAACAUGGAAAAUGCAGGCUUUCCGGCCUUGGGAAACCAUAUUGCGAAUGCAGCAGUGGAUACACUGGGGACAGCUGUGAUAAAGAAAUCUCUUGUCGAGGGGAACGAAUCAGAGAUUACUACCAAAAGCAGCAAGGGUAUGCCGCGUGCCAGACGACCAAGAAGGUAUCGAGACUAGAAUGUAAAGGAGGAUGUUCAAGUGGGCAGUGCUGCGGACCACUAAGGAGCAAGAGACGGAAAUAUUCUUUUGAAUGCACUGAUGGGUCCUCAUUUGUGGACGAGGUUGAGAAGGUGGUGAAGUGUGGCUGUACAAAGUGCCCCUCCUAAAUGUAUCCCUGUCACACUUGUCUUUUGAAAAUGUUGUAUACUUAUUGACCAUGUCGGACUAAUUAAUGCUUAAUAGUGAAAAUAUUUGAAAUAUAUUGUAAAAUACAGAACAGACUUAUUUUUAUUAAGAGAAUAAAGACUUUUUCUUCAUUUGCAAAAAGAUUCAAGUGCUUGAACUGAGACUUUUCAUAACCAAGAGGAGCUUUGAAGAAAAAAAAAAAGACCCUUUAACAUUGCAACAGUGAUGGGAAACGUAACUGCUUUUAACAUGGAUUCUUCUUUAUAACAUGCUGAAGAUAAACUGAUAUUAUACACAUCUGACUUCCAACCUACAGCUUACUGAUGAAAAAUUUACCAGAACAUGAGGCUUUUUUUUUCAUUUUCAUAUCUGUAUAUUUUACUGUGUUGACAGACCAUACCAAUUACUUACUUAUAGAUGAGGAAGAGUUGUGGGUGAAGGGAAUCAGAUUAUAUCGGUUUAACAAAUGUAUGUGAUGCAUUUUGUGUGGCAUAAUUAUUAAGCAUCUGCAGAAGAGGGGGUGCCCGUUUAGUGGAUGAGAGAGGUGAUUAUGUGAGAAUCAUGAAAUCUCCUGAUGAUGUGUACUUUUAUGUCAGCAUGUUAGCAAAAGAAGCGUACAAAAAAGUGUUUAUCUACCCUCUUCCAGUAUUAAUUUUUUGUAAUAUAAAUGUUAAAGGGAUGAUAAAAAUAGAUUAUUGAUGGAUAAAUUAGUAAUAAUAUGGAUUUUUGUUUCUAUGAGUUCUAAACAGCUCUAUACAGUAUUCGGGUUCAUUGAGAAAUAUUUAUUGUAUCAAAGUACAUUGUACUUAACCUUUUUAGGCAUCCCUUUUACUGUUUUUCAAUGCUUUAAUAUAUAUUAAUUUAUAUUUGUCCUGAUAUUUUUGUAUUUUGUUUUUAAAAAAAGACUUAAAAAUCAGGAUUUUUUGCAAUAGAACUAACAUAGCAUGUCAUCUUGGGGUAAAUGUGUUUGGUCUGUUUUUGUUUUGUUUUUGUUUUUUUGUUCUUUCGUUAGCAUCUCACCACUUGGUGUCUGAAACGGAAGUGAUAAUAAUCUGCAGUUUUCACAUACAGCAGACAUUCAGGACACUUUCUGAGAACUUGUAAUGUAUGAGAGAAAAUGUCUUUACACUAGAUGACAAAUGUAUAGAAGUAAAUUUCCCCUAUAUAUACAGUACUUACAGAAAAUAAAAUGGUGUGUAGAAAAUGACACUAGAAAGUAGACCUUUACAAAUUAAUAUUCCCUUGGACCUCCUUACCUUUUUUAAAAAAAGAAAAAGAAAGAAAAAAGGCUGUACUAUCAAGGACUGUGACUUUUUCCAAAUAAUAAAACUACUUUAUUGCCCUAAUGUUCCCCAUGUUAAUAUGUUGCUGCUAAAUUACAAUGUAGAACUGGUAAUGAUUCAUAGUGGGUUGUAUUCUUCUUUCAGUAAAUCCCAGAAUACCCUGUAAAAAAUGCAGAUGUUUUUUCAAUUUUAUUUUAUUUUUAUUUUUUUUUUACAGAAAAAGUUAGAUGUACAUGUGUAAUGCAGUGUGCUUUGUCUUAUUUGGACUGAUAUCAGUAAUACUACUGAUGUUUGUAAA